AUGUUCACCGACUUCAAUGGCGGCGCCGAACCUCCGUCAGUGCUUGGCGCCGCCAUUGCGCGUCUGCUGGACAGCGUGGACACAUCCGGACGCCUGCUGUUCCGGGACAUCUACCCCGACUGGCAAAGCGAUCCGACCGGCAGGAUCGAAGUCGAGCGACGCAUCCGGUUCCUGAAAGAGGCCGUCAACGAUUUGCCGCACGACGUGACGCGCGGUCGGACGCUGCAGAUCUGGGAAGAGGGGUUUGCCGCGCUUGGGCGCGUUGCGGCGCUUGGCAUCCUGCUUGGCUUUGUCUCGGCGUGUCAGACCGCGGACGUGACGGCCCAGCCGGACUAUUUCACGCAAAUCCGGCUCGCCCAGGUGGAUGUCGAUUUCUCCGGCGCCCAGCGGCCGCUUCUGGUCGCCGACAUCGACGGUCAGGUCAGCGCGCAGGCCGCCGGCGGAACCGGCGCCGGCGCGCUCGGCACACGCCUUGGUCUGGUCAACCAGCAGGGCCGCCAAUCCGCCGUUGAAGCUGCGAUUGCCGAAACCGUGCGGGCCCAUGUCGACGAUGCGCUGCGGCCCAUGUUCACCGGGACCCGCCCGGUGCGCGCCGUCGUCUCGGUCAGGUCGGUGUUCAUCAGGAGCCGCGCGAGCCUGCAGCAGCUCACCGGAGCCGCGGUGACCGUCAAUGGUCAAAGGCGGCCGGACAAUGCCCAGUUCGUCGCCGAACUGACCCUUUAUGAUCUCGAAACGGGCAUUCCCGUCCAGAACGUCCAGCCGAUCACCCGCACCGACGAUGGCACGAUCGCGCUUGCCGGCGGCGGUCCGCGCGGGCCGGUCUACGGCCGCUCGCCGCGCCUCAGCCAGCUGGUCUUCGAAUAUGCCCAGGCGGCGGCCAAUGCACUCAGACGCGGCGGCUCGGGCUCGGACUUCAGCAUCCCCGCCGACCAGGCCGACAUGACGACCAUCUUCGAACGCCGGACCGUCACGACCGCUAUCGUGUUUUUCGUCCUGGAGAUCGUGCCCGGCGACCCGGCGCGGCUGAUGCUCGGCCUCAACGCCACCGAGGAUGCGGUGCGGGCGCUGCGCGAGCAGAUGGGCCUCAACGAGCCGGUGCUGACCCGCUAUCUGUCUUGGCUUUCCGGCAUGGCGCGCGGCGAUUUCGGCGAAAGCCUGACCUAUUCGGUGCCGGUGACCGAGCUGAUCGCCGACCGCAUCGUCGUCUCGCUGCCGCUGGCCCUGCUCGCGCUUGGCCUGUCCACGGCGAUUGCCAUUCCGGUCGGCAUCUUCACCGCCGCCCGGCGCGGCACACGCGCCGACACCGCCGCCAUGGCCGGCACACAGCUGGGCAUCGCCAUCCCCAAUUUCUGGUUCGCGCUGCUGCUUGUCUAUGUCUUCGCCGUGACGCUGCAAUGGGUGCCCGCCGGCGGCUUUCCGGGCUGGGACGAGGGCCUCUGGCCGGGCCUGAGGGCGCUGAUCCUGCCGGCCAUCGCGCUGGCGCUGCCGCAGGCGGCGAUCCUCGCCCGCGUCGCCCGUUCGGCGCUGCUCGAGACGCUGGCCGAGGAUUACAUCCGCACCGCCCGCGCCAAGGGCCUGCCCGCGAACAUCGUCCUGUGGCGCCAUGCGCUGCGCAACGCGAUGAUACCGGUCUUGACCAUCCUCGGCCUGCAGUUCGCCUUCCUGCUCGCCGGCACGAUCAUCAUCGAGAACGUCUUCUUCCUGCCCGGCCUCGGCCAGCUUGUCUUCCAGGCGAUCAACCAGCGCGACCUGAUCGUCGUCGAGGGGGUCGUCGUCUUGUUGGUGGGCACCGUGGUGAUCGCUUCGCCGCCGAUGACCGAUCAUCUCGUCGCCGCCGAACAUGAGGACUGGCGCCUGUUCCUGAAAAAGGCGCGGGCCAACCGCUCGUUUCAGGCGGGCGCGGCGAUCACACUUCUCAUCGUCUUCAUCGCCGCGGUCUCUCUCAUCUGGACGCCCUAUGACGUCGCCAAGCUGUCGAUCCCCGACCGGCUGCAGGGGCCGUCAUGGAGCCACUGGUUCGGCACCGACCAUUUCGGCCGCGACAUCUUCUCCAUGAUCAUGGAAGGCAGCCGGAACUCCAUCGCCGUUGCGCUGAUCGCGGUCGGCAUCGGCAUCGGCAUCGGCGUGCCGCUCGGCUGCUGGGCGGCGGCCAGGCGCGGCUGGAUCGACGAAGUCUUCAUGCGGACCUCCGACAUCAUCUUCGCCUUCCCCGCGCUUUUGUCCGCCGUCAUGAUCACGGCGAUCUUCGGCCCCGGCGCUGUCAACGCGAUCAUCGCCAUCGGCAUCUUCAACAUUCCGGUGUUCGCGCGCGUCGCGCGUGGCGCGGCGCUGUCGCUCUGGCCGCGCGAAUUCAUCCUGGCCGCCCGCGCCAGCGGCAAGGGUCCGGCGCGGAUCACCGCCGAGCACAUAUUGCCCAACAUCGCCAAUCUCUUGCUGGUGCAAGGCACGAUCCAGUUUUCGCUCGGCAUCCUGGCCGAAGCCGGGCUCUCCUAUGUCGGCCUUGGCGCCCAGCCGCCGGCGACGAGCUGGGGCCGGAUGCUGGCCGAAGCGCAGACCAUGAUGGCCAUCGCGCCGCAAAUGGCCAUCGCGCCGGGCAUCGCGAUCAUCGUCACCGUGCUCGGCCUCAACCUUCUGGGCGACGGUCUGCGCGACGUGCUCGACCCAAAGCUGCGGAGCAUCGACAUGGUGGUCGAGGCAGGCAAGGUGCAUGCGCUGGUCGGCGAAAGCGGCUCCGGCAAGUCGAUGACCGCGCUGACGGCGAUGCGGCUUCUGCCCCAUGGCGCGGACGCCGCAGGCACGCUGCGCUUUGGCGACGAGGAUCUACUGACGGCGACCGAGGAGCGCAUGUGCGCGCUGCGGGGCGACGAUAUCGGCAUGGUGUUCCAGGAGCCGAUGACGGCGCUCAACCCGGUCAAGACGAUCGGCGAGCAGGUCGCCGAGGGCAUCCGGUGGCACACCGGCGCAAACCGGGCCGACGCGGAGGCUCGCGCCGCGCACAUGCUCGAGCGGGUCGGCUUGCCGCGCGCGCGUUUUCCGCUCGACCGCUAUCCGCACGAACUGUCCGGCGGACAGAGACAGCGCGUCGUCAUCGCCAUCGCCUGCGCAUUGCGGCCCAAACUCCUGAUCGCCGACGAGCCGACCACCGCUCUGGACGUGGUGCUGCAGGCGCAGAUCCUCGACCUUUUGCGCGAACUGGUCGCCGAGGACGGCAUGGGUCUUGUGCUGAUAAGCCACGAUCUGGGCGUCGUUGCCGGCAUGGCCGACGACAUCACCAUAUUGCGCCGUGGCGAGGUGCAGGAGGCCGGCCACGCGGUCGGCGUGCUGCGUCGGCAAAAACACCCUUAUACGCAACAACUGGCCGAAGCAUCGGCGCAUGUGCCGCAAUGGGCCGGCCGCACGAAACCGGCGGACCAUUGGGGCCUUCUAGAGGUGCAGAGCCUCGUCAGGGAUUAUCCCGGCCCGCGCACGGGACUGUUCUCGCGCGGCGAGCCGUUCCGUGCCGUCGACAAUGUCUCCUUUUCGGUCCCGCCCGGGCGCUCUGUCGGGCUUGUCGGCCAGUCAGGAUGCGGCAAAUCCACCCUCGCGCGCAUCGUGCUGGCGCUCGACAAGCCGACCGCAGGCAUCGUUUCGUUUGACGGCAUGGAGACGUCCAGGCUCAACGACCAUGAUGCGCAGAUGGCGCUGGCGCGGCGCGAGAUGCAGGUGGUCUUUCAGGACCCUUACGGCUCCUUCAACCCGCGCCAGACCGUCGAGCGGCUGGUUGCCGAGCCGCUGCAUCUGGAAGAAAAGCCCUUGAGCCGUACGGAGCGGCGCGAGCGCAUCGCAUUCGCGCUGGAAGAGGUGGGCAUGCCGGCCGAUGCCAUGCGCCGCUAUCCGCAUGAAUUUUCCGGCGGGCAGAGGCAAAGGCUGGCCAUUGCCCGCGCCAUCAUCACGCGGCCCAAGCUGGUCGUCUGCGACGAGCCUGUCUCGGCACUCGAUGUGUCGAUCCGCGCGCAGAUCCUCGACCUGUUCGCCAAGCUCAACGAUGAACUCGGUCUCGCCUACCUCUUCAUCACCCACGAUCUGACCGUCGCCCGCGCGAUCACGCACGAGGUGAUGGUGAUGGAUCAUGGCCGGAUCGUCGAACGCGGCACGACGAGCGAUGUACUCGACAAUCCGCAGACCGAAGCGGCGCAAAGGCUGGUCGCCGCGGCGCCGGAUCUGAACAGGGCGAUCGAGGCGCGGAUUGGAAACACAAUGCUUCACCUCCCCCUUGAGGGGAGGUCGGCGACUGCUGAGCCCCGCAAGGCAAAGCCGGGUGCGGGGUAA